AACCUACGAAGCAAACUUGAGAAGCAAUCUUUUAAACAAAACAAACAACAGCAACAACAUUAUAUUUACAAAGAAUCUUGCUUUUCAUAUUUUUCAACAUGGGUUGUGGUUCAUCUUCAUCAACAAAGACCGAAGACGGAAAGAAACCAGGAGAUAAAAAAGGUGGAGUAGAAAAACUUGACAUAAAAGAAACUAAAAUAGAAGACGUUGACAAGAUAUUCGAAGAUGCAGCGGCCCCAUUCAACAAGGCGGUUGAAGUUAAAGAGGCAUUUGACAAGGCUUUAGAAUCGUUUAAAGUCCUAACUGGACACACGGCUGAAGACACUAUCAAAGUGGUGAUGCUAGACUUGAAGGUCAAAUUUCCCCAAUUGACGUUGGAAAUAGAGGAAGGACCGAGAUUUGUACUAACAACCGGGAGUGGUGAAGGGGCGGAGCUCGCCGACUUGGCACUGAAAGUUGUCGACGUAUUCAAUGCAAUCAGUGACUUGGUGACUAAGAUAAUUGAUCUGAUGAAACAGUCGGUAGAGUCUGCACAGGCGUUGAUCGAAAAAGCUCCAGAAAUCACAGAUAUGGUGAAGAACGCCAACCUCAGUCCAUUCGAGCUGCCCAGAGCACUAAAAAAUACAGUACACAACAUUUCGGAAUUCAAGAAAGUGCCCCAAAUCGGGGCAGUAUUCAAGAAAACUAUUGAAGACGUCGUUGAAGAUGUCAAAGAAACGAAAAAGGCUCUUCAAGGACAGGCAGCUUGAAUUUUCCAAAUCGGUAUUUUUGCGACUGGCUAGAUGGCCCAGUUAAAACUGUACAUCGCCCGAUUUAUAUAUUUAAGGACAUAUCUAUUCCAUA